UUUAUUCCUAAACACAAAGAUCGCAGCAGUUUUAUACCGUAGAUUUUAAUAACAAACAUGAAGAAUAUGUAAUGUAGAACAAAGUAGAAUAAAGGCUAGUAAAAGCAAACCUUACCAUAAAAACAAAUAUGCCAAUAUUGAGCAAUUAGACAUUGCAGCAGAAAAAAUUGAUCUUUCAAUAUCUAAUUUAUCAAUACGUUUUCAAUAACCCUGGGAUAAUGUCUCUCUAAAUAGAUCAAUCAAACGGUCCAUCAUUGACCUCUUCUGGUUUUCUUCAACAUCUGAUUGUUUUUCAAUAUGAAUUGAUGAUCUGUCACCCUAUAUUUAAUGCCGCAAAUUGCUUCUCGAGCAAUUCUUUGUUGCAACCCAGAAGUAUGCUUGCAAAAUAGAAACAUGCAGAGGGGAUUUCAUCCAUGUUACUUGCUUCAACUGGUAUUGCCACAUCAAUUGCAAUAGGAAGUCGUCUGUUGCCUAGCAACAAGGCAGCAGGUACCAGUGAUUUUGCUGCUUCGUAUUGAUUUCAGCCUCGUAAUCACAUGACCAUAGCUGGUUGUAGCGAUGAUUUUUGACCGUUGUAAAGCUUUUUACAAAAUGUUGCAGGUGGCUACAGAAAGAAACCAAUGGAGCACGCAGCCAUCCAUAAAAACAAAAACGGAAAUAUUAUUUUCCCUUGUUUAAAAACAUUCUUUCAAAGCCAACGGAUCUUGCAAAAAACUUGUUCUAAAAAUUUGUUUCAGUUUAUCGCUAGGAAAUAAGUUCUACAUAAAUAAAAAUUACCGUCCUCUAGAACGGAAAUAAUUUGAAUCUUGGUGAUGGAGUUGUAAAGAAAGGCCACAUGUUGCUGAAAUGCCCGUCAGAAACAGCUCUUUGUGAUAACUUCUCAAGAAUCUCUUAAUCGUUGAUAGAAGAGCAGAAUAAUUGUUAUUGUCGUUUGCCUCCAGCUGAGUGAAUAUCAUGGAUUACCUUGACACGAGGUGGACUAAGCUGAAAGAUUACGAUUUUGGGGAACAAGAUAACGGGGAAACAAAGCGCUUUAUCGACUCAGAUGAGGGUUCUGGAGAUGAAGAGUGGGUACAACAGCUGCACAGGGACUACGGAAAUACUCAUAAACUUGGGCUACGAAAGCGUUUGUCGAGGUGGACAUCGAUGGAGAAGUAUCUAAGCAUCGGGUUGAUUAUUUCUAUUAUAAUUGGGGUAUUCCUGUGCGUCAUUUUAAUGAUAAAUUACUUCACAACAUCAAGAUAUAAGCAAUUUUGGCAAGAAACAUUUGAAAGCAAAUGGGGAAAAGAUCUAACGAGUAUUUGUACGAAAAAAAGUUGCGUUGAAAGGUCGUACUACUUGACUGAAUAUAUCGAUGAAAAAACUAAACCAUGCGAUGAUUUUUAUCAGUAUUCCUGCGGAAAAUGGCUUUCCAAUGUUGACAUACCAUCUGGUCAGUCUAAAUGGACAAGUUUUACAAAGCUAGCCGAAAAAAACCAUCGGAAACUAAAAACUAUCUUAGACAAACUUCAUCCUCUUGAAAGUGAAAGCGAGGCAGUGAAAAAAGCACAUAUGUUUUAUAAAGCAUGUCAAAACAAGGCAUGGAUGGAGAAAAAUGGACUGAAAAAUUUGGAAAAGCUUAUAAAAGAUAUCGGGAGUUGGGGACUUUGGAACAGCACUGAGUGGAAUGAUGAAGAUUGGAGUUUUGAGCAAAGUUUGACAAAAAUACACAAAUUAAAGAGCAUGCCACUCUUCUAUAUGUUUGUAGCAACGGAUGAUUUGAAUGCAAAAGAGAACAGCAUACAGAUUCAACAAUCAGGAAUCACUUUGUCCGAUGAGACGUACUACAAGAAAAGUGACGAUAACCCGGUAAUCAAAGCUUACAAGAAUUUAAUGGUUGAAACAGGCCUGCUUUUGGGUGGCGAGAAGAAAAAAACAGAGGAAGCGAUGGAAGAAGUAUUUCAGUUUGAAAAAAAACUGGCUACAAUUUAUGAAGCCAAAGAUAAAUUGCGCAAGGCAGAAAAAAUACAUCACACGAUGACAGUGGAACAGCUGCAGGACCUUUGUCCCGCGAUACCAUGGCUUGACUACAUGAACAGUAUGUUCAACACAAAAGUUAAAUUUGAUGAGACUGUGGUGAUUUACACGCCGCACUACCUAAAGAACAUGUCAGAUCUGGUUAUCAGAACGGAACGAAGGAUUCUUGCAAAUUACAUGGUGUGGCACUUGAUCUACCCCUUGCUGCCAAUGAUAUCCGGUCCGUUUAGAGCUGCCUAUUCUGGAAUGCUUAAAGCCGAGAGAGGAGUCCAGAUCGUCGACACAAGCUGGCGGAGUUGCGUGCUUCAGACAGAUUCAGUUUUUGGUUUUGCCACUGGCUAUCUUUUUGCAAAAGAGAACGAGAACGAUUUCUCUGCAACCAAAAGCGAAGUUGAAGGAAUGAUUACUGCUAUUAAAGAGGUAUUUCUUAGCGACAUUUUACAAAAAGAAUGGAUUGACGAAGGAACAAAAGCAAGGGCCAUUGAAAAGGUCGCUGCGAUUGAAAAUAUGGUUGGCUAUCCAGAAUGGAUAUUCGAUGCCGCUUUACUGACAAGUUAUUACAGAAAUUUGUCUGUGACGACAAAUCCAUUCAAGAACUACCUGAAUGCGAGGUCAUUUUAUCAUCAGAAGACAAUGAACAGAAGAAAUACCAAACCCGCACGCAACGAAUGGCACGUGACUCCGACUUCGGUGAAUGCAUUCUACAAUGCUCCUCGCAAUUACAUUGCAUUUCCAUUGGGCGUUUUGCAGUCGCCAUUUUUUGUGUCAGACCUCCCUCUAGCAGUAAAGUUUGGUGCACUGGGAACCAUAAUCGCCCACGAGUUGACACACGGAUUUGAUAACCAAGGGCGAAUGUUUGACAAAGAUGGGAACAUGAUGAACUGGUGGAGUGAAAAAUCGAAGAAGGAGUAUGAGAAGCUAGCAUCUUGCUUCCAAGAACAGUAUCGGAAUCUGACAAAUUCCGUAUCAUUCGCAGUAUGUAGAUAUAAUUUCGAGUAUAACAGCAAACAGACCCUUGCUGAAAACAUAGCAGAUAACGGUGGCUUGCAUCUGGCAUUUAUGGCUUACAAGUUACUGCGCAGGAACACAAAAGCAAACGUACUCCUCCCCGGUGUUCCACUUAGUCCAGAUCAGUUGUUCUUUGUGUCUUUCGCCCAGGUGUGGUGCACUGCCAGUACAGCUUCAAGUGCAGAAGAAGCUGCUAUCACUGACCGCCAUAGUCAAGAGCGUAUUCGUGUUCUGGCAACUAUUUCGAAUUCGCAACAAUUUUCCUCCACUUUUGGUUGCAAAUCAAAUUCAAAGAUGAACCCAGAAAAGAAAUGUAGAGUGUGGUGAAGCAUAAAAGCUGAAAUUUAUUUUGCUGUAAAUCUUCGACUAAGACAAAGUUGUAACGUACCGUUUUGUUUGAUCAAAUAAAAUUUGGUUGCUAUUUAACUCAAGAAAAAACGACAUCAGAUUUUGUUUAUUCUCCAAAUCCUUUUAGAUACCAAGUCUUUGUGUGUUUACUUUGUAAAAACAGUAAGUUAAAGUAAAAUAAAGAAAAUAACAGUUUCAGUGGCCUUUGAUAAAAGUGACUAUAUUCCGAAGUAAACUUGUACUGGCCUAAAAGAUGUAGUAAGACAAUCCAAUCUACAAAACGGCUCAACUGUAAAAGUUAGUUUAAAACAUUUAGAAUAAAAGACAAUUUUUAAAGGGAAGUAUUGAGGGACCUUGCAAUAAAAACAGUUACUCUAUACGUAGCAUGAUGAAAAGCGCAAGUGGGAACAAGACUUUUGAUUUGAUAUUCAUUAAAUUUGAUCAACCACUGUGGAGGACAACAGACCACACAGGAAAUCGGAAAUGAUCCCACAUUUACAAGAUGGCUGCACAAUAGUCGACCGGCUGCCUAUUGUUUAAGCGUAGCAUGAAACUGUAUCACAUUGAAUUCGAAAUGGCGGCUACAGAUGCAGGUAGUAUUUCCUCGUUUUAUAUUCGCGUUUGCCAAUGUUUUGAAUCUGCUGACUUUAAUGGCAGGGUAGAACUAUGAUCAGACGUAAUAAUAAAAUCAUAUUUUAAAGAAUUUGCUGGUGUCUACAGAGGCAAAACUAUUAAUUGAAACGCGAUCAAAGCAAGGAGUUAAAACGUUGCCGUGGCUUCAAAGACAAAUAAAAGGAUAUCGAGAGGGGGUUGGGUUUGCAUUUAAAGAAAUUUUCAGAAACAUGGAUUUGAAUUUUUCAUGUCAGAAAGAAAUCUAGCAUCUAGAUUUAGUGAGUGGAUAGCUCUCUUGUUGUACCAAAGAGCAUGAACAUAAAUGUCAAGCAUUGAACAUGUGGUCUUGAGGACAAUUAUAAACCAUUACAGAAACCAUAAACUAAAAGACCCUAGCCUUGGCCUGGAAUCCAGAUUUUUCCUGGAUCAGCCCCUGCUCAGUUAAAUUUGCAAUUUUGAGGCGUCAACAAGGCCAUUUUUCUUAAAGCCGACACCUUUGUUAUGUAAGCAUAAAAUGAGAGCUUACUGGAACUGUUGUCAAUGAAACCACGGAAUUUAAAAUUUCAAAUGUUAAGUUUUUACACGAGAAUUGACCAAACGACAAUCAUGUUUAUGUGUCAGCUUUCCAUAUUUUAGAAUUUCACUACAUACAAAGCUUUUGUUCUAUUUCUGCAGUACAUACAAUACAAAUCAAGUACAAGUACAGUUUAAAAAGCAAAGCUACAACUUACAAAACAUGUUACAUAUCGCAAGGAAGGUGAUUUCUUCCUCAAAAAACUUGCUCGCUAGCCAGGAUACACAUAUUUUCGAUAAGAUACACCUUAUAAGAAACAGUAGGCUCAAUAUUCCAAAAGGCUCAAUACCCUCACUGAAUUUAAAAAGUUAAAGAACUUUAGUAAGUUGUAGUCUUAAUUAUCGAAAUAACUCAAAACAGUUUUGACAUUGGAGGCCACUGUAAACUGCAACCCGAUCUUUAACAUGCAAGUUUCAUUCAUUGUCAGUAAGCCGCACACUCAAGAAGUUUCUAUUUAAAUAUCUGUUUUGACUUCAAAUAUUCGAGGAACUUAAACUGAAGUAGCACGUAAUAAACUUUUCGUAGCAAAAUGGCCCAAAUAUUAAGAAAUUACCAACAAGCCCUGGA